AUGAAGGUUGUUGCUUCAUCAGAAUAUCUAUAUUCUGUUUAUAAAUCAGGAAGAAGAUACAUUGUGUGUCUUAAAAGAAAAAUAUGCAAUUGUGGGAGGUUUCAACUAGACGAGAUACCAUGUCCAUACACAAUUGCAAUGUUGAAGAGAAAGAACAUUAUAGACAUGCACCCAUACUGUUCUGAUUACUACAAGCCAGAGGCAUUGACAAAUACUUAUGAAUUGUCAAUGAUUCCAAUGCCAUAUAAGAAAGAUUGGAUUAUUCCGAAAGAAAUAUUGGAAGAAUUCGUCUUUCCACCAAGAUACAAAAGGAUGUCAGGAAGACAAAAGAAAGGAAGAAAAAAAACUCUAGUGAGAAGCUAA